AUGGCGGCGCCCAUGCUCCCGGGGGUGGACCGGUUCGUGAUGGGCGGUGACUUCGACAGGUGGCUGACGAGUGUGGACCUCUACCUGGAUGCUUUGGAUGUGACCAGCGAGGCGCGGAAGCGAGCCAUGUUGUUGCAUCUGAUCGGUCCGGAUCUGCAACAGGUGUUUGGCACGCUGCCAGAGCCGGUCGGGGUGGAGGGGGCGUAUGAGAUCAGCAAGGCCAAGCUGAGGGCGUACCUCACCCCUGCCCGCAACACCAUCGCGGAAAAACUGGCCUUCAGCACUAUCCGGAUGGAGGCUGGUGAGAAAUUCGAGGCCUACCUGGCACGGCUGCGGGUGGCUGCGAACCGAUGCGGCUUCACUGGCCAGAGUGUGGACCAGGAGGUCCGGAACCAAUGCCUGGCCGGCACCAAGGGUAAGCUACAGGAGCGGCUGCUGCAGCGGGCUGCUGAGCGGGGCGACCAGCUCACCCUGCAGGAUGUGGUGGCUGCUGCUACUGCCAUGGAGCGGACGGAGGCUCUCAUUGAGCAGAUGCGGGGCCCCAGCUCAGCGGCUGAACCGGGACAGCUGGUGGCGGGGGCAGCCGGCCCAGCGGCUGAGCCUGUUCAGCUGGUGGCCGAGCGUCAGCUGACCUGCUACCGCUGUGGCCAGCCGGGCCACAGGAGAGCGGAGUGCCAGCAGCAGCCGAAGCAGCAGCAACAGAGGACACCGACAAAGCGGCAGGGGCGUGGUCCGGUUUGCUACAAGUGCCGACAGCCCGGACACCUCAAGAAAAACUGCAAGAGCAAGGUAGUUCCUGUCCCAGUGCAGGAAGUGUCCCAGUCCGAGACAGAGCUGUGGUGUGUGCAGCAGGGUCAGGGGUCAGAGGCCAGUCACAUGGCCCCACUGAAGAUGACCCUACAGGUCAACGACACGGACAUGGAGUUUGUGGUGGACACGGGAAGCCCAGUGACCAUCAUAGGAUCGGACAGCAGUGUUCCAGGUCUGUGCCUACAGAGAUCGGACUUAGUGCUGUCGUCGUUCACUGGACAUGCCAUCCCUGUCAAGGGUGAGGCAGUGGUGAAGGUUCAGCGUGGCACAAAACAGAAGAACCUGCGUCUGGUGGUGGUCGACUUCCCUAAGCCAGUGAACCUGUUGGGCAGGGAAUGGAUGGCAGCCCUGGGCCUGACCCCACACGGGGUGCUGCAGCUGAAGAGGGAGCAGCAGCUGGAGGAUGUGUUGGCAAGACACCAGGAGGUCUUCAGUGAAGAACUGGGAAGGGUGCCGAUCAAGAUCAGCUUGAAGCUGAAGGAAGGUGCCAAACCAGUGUACAGGAAGGCAAGAACUGUACCAUUUGCCCUGCAGCCGCUGGUCGACAGGGAACUGGACCGCUGGGUGGAGGAAGGAAUCGCUGAACGGGUGGAAGCAGGAGUCUACUCCGGGUGGGGCACACCGCUGGUGCCCAUCCCGAAGCAGGACGGUGUGCGCUUGUGUGCAGACUACCGCAUCACUGUCAACCCGCAGCUGGAGCCUGUCCGGCACCCACUCAGGACUCCAGAGGAGCUGUUUGCCUGCAUCAAGGGCAAAAGGUUCGCCAAACUGGACUGUAAAUGCGCCUAUCAACAGUGUGAGUUGACAGAGGAGUCGAAGGACAUGACCACUGUGACAACACAGCGGGGCGCCUACAGGAUGAACCGCCUGCCCUACGGCAUUGCCACAUGUGGAGCUCUGUUCCAGUCGGUCAUUGACCAGGUGACUGAUGGACUGGAGGGGGUCGUGUGCUACCUGGACGACCUGCUGGUGACUGCAGACUCGGAGGAGCAGCUUGUGGAGCGGCUGGACAAAGUGCUGGAGCGUCUGAAGGCGAACGGGGUGCGUCUGAAGAGAGAGAAGUGCGUGUUUAACGCCGAGAAGGUCACGUACCUGGGAUGGGAGGUCUCUGCUACUGAACUGAAGGCACUGGAGGACAAGACCAGGGCAGUGAAGGAGGCACCAGAACCGACCAACGUCGAUCAACUGAGAUCGUUCAUCGGAUCGGUCAGCUACUACCAGAGGAUGCUGCCGGACCUCGCCACGGUCCUGGCACCUCUGUACGCCCUACUAAAAAAGGGCGUGUCGUGGCGGUGGACGGCGGCCUGCUCAGCGGCUGUGAGCAGGGUGAAGAGGAUGCUGUCCUCCCCGCCAGUGCUGAUGAGGUACGACGUCUCACUCCCUCUGAAGCUCGUGACGGACGCCAGCGCCACCGGGCUGGGAGCCGCUCUGGUCCACGUGACGCCGGACGGGCUGGAGCGACCCGUGAGCUACGCGUCACGAACACUGACUCCGACGGAGCGGAAAUACGCGCAGGUGGAGAAGGAGGCGGCUGGAGUCUCGUUCGGCAUCCGCCGAUUUCAUCAGUUCCUGUUCGGCAGACCGUUCACGCUGGUCGUGGACAACAGAGCGCUGUCUCGGAUACUGAGCCCGGACAGAGAGCUGCCAUCGCUCGCCGCAGCCCGGAUGCAGCGGUACGCUCUCCAGCUGGCGGCCUACCAGUACCGGGUGGAGCUGCGCAGGACGGAGGAGAUGAGAGUGGCCGACACUCUCUCCCGACUGCCGGUGCGGAGCCGGGUGGACGAGCAGGCGGCGACGCAGGAGGAGGCCGACUCCAAUGGACACAGCGUGCUGUUCAUGACAGAGAACGGACCGGCGCUGACAGCCAGGGACGUCGCCGCGGCCACCCGCCGAGACCCAGUACUGGCCAGGGUACUGGCGGCGGUCAGAUCGGGCUGGGACGCAGUCGUGGAUCCUGACCUCGUCCCGUACAAAACCCGCCAGGAGGAACUGUCAACGGACGCAGACUGCGUGCUGUGGGGCGGCCGGAUCGUAAUUCCGCGGGCCCUGCGCACGCAGGUGAAGAACGAGCUACACGAGGGACAUUUCGGGUGCGCCCGGAUGAAACAGCUCGCACGGAGAUUUGUCUGGUGGCCCGGUCUGGAUGCGGAGUUGGAGGCGGCGGCUCGGGACUGUGCGGCGUGCGCAGCCAAGCGCGCGGAGCCACCUCACGCUAUCCGUCACCCAUGGGAGCCGGCCGGCGGGCCCUGGGAGCGAGUCCAUGUGGACUUCGCCGGACCGCUGCUGGGCUACAGCUACCUGGUGAUCGUGGACAGCUAUAGCAAGUGGCUGGAGGUGCUGGCUAUGAAAAGCACCACGGCGGAGCGGACGGUGGCGGCACUGCGCACGGUGUUCGCUCGACUGGGACUCCCGGUGCAGCUUGUGAGUGACAAUGGUCCUCAGUUCGCCUGCGAGGAGUUCGCCGCGUUCAUGACGGCGAACGGCAUCCGACACACGCGAGUGGCGCCGUACCACCCAUCGUCCAAUGGGCUGGCGGAGCGGGCCGUUGGUACGCUGAAAAACGGCCUGAAGGCGGCGGCGGAGGCGGGCGUGUCACCUGAGCGGGCGCUAGCCAGAUUCCUGAUCGCGUACCGUUCAACCCCACACGCUGUGACCGGGCGGACGCCAGCGGAGAUGAUUUACGGCCGGAAUCUCCGCACACGAUUUAACCUGCUGGUGCCGUGUGCCGACGCCACUCUGCGCGCGGCCCGGGUGGAACAGCAACUGGCAGCGGGUGGCCGAGCGCGCGAGUUCCGGCUGGGGGCGGCCGUGUGGGCCCGCGCGUACGGCGGCCGACAAAAGUGGACCCGGGGCACGGUGGUGGCACGGCCCGGGCCUGUGUCCUACGAAGUGGACAUCGGCGGCGCGGUGUGGUCCCGACAUGCGGAUCAGCUACUGGCAGCGGACGGCCACCCUGCCGCCCCCGGCAACGACGGCAGCAAGCGCCCUCCCAGCGGCGCCUCACCCGAGGCAGGAGGGGACAGUGGCGGCGGCGGCGGCAGCGGAGUCACCAGGCGGGCCGGACUGGCUCCUCCCCAUGAACGUCAGUGGGCGGACGGCGGCCAGACCGCACGCGCGGCCGUCAGCCGUGACGGCGCGAGCUCACCGGUCGGCGACGGAGCAGCGGCCGCCGGGUCGAGCUCACCGGUCGGCGACGGAGCAGCGGCCGCCGGUUCGAGCUCACCGGUCGGCGACGGAGCAGCGGCCGCCGGUUCGAGCUCACCGGUCGGCGACGGAGCAGCGGCCGCCGGUUCGAGCUCACCGGUCGGCGACGGAGCAGCGGCCGCCGGUUCGAGCUCGGCGGCAAGUGUCGGAGCGGCCAGCAGCAGCAGCGCGCACACCGGGGAGGCGUGUGCGGCACGUGACGGCGGCUCGGGCAUGCCGACCGGCGCCUCCAGUGUCGAGGGCGGCGGCGCCGGUGAGGUGACAGGCUCCGGCGGCGUAGCCCGAGAUGGUGCCGCCAACGAAACCGCUCGCCGCCUCUCCAACAGACAGCGCAAGCCCACGCGCCGUCUGAUCGCGGAGGUGUGA